GCCCAGUCCCGCUCUGCUCCGCGCCUCUCCGCCGCAGCGGCCCCGCCGCGAUGUGGCUGGGGCCCGAGGAGGUGCUGCUGGCCGGCGCGCUGUGGGUCACGGAGCGGGCCAACCCCUUCUUCUUGCUGCAGCGCCGGCGGGGACACGGAAAAGGGGGCGGCCUCACGGGUCUUCUUGUGGGAACAUUAGACGUGGUUUUGGAUUCCAGUGCCAGAGUUGCCCCAUACCGUAUUCUGCACCAGACUCAGGACUCUCAAGUGUAUUGGGCAGUGGCAUGCGGGUCAUCCCGUAAAGAGAUCACAAAGCAUUGGGAAUGGCUGGAGAAUAACUUACUGCAGACUCUCUCCAUCUUUGAUAAUGAAGAAGAUAUCACCACCUUUGUGAAGGGCAAGAUACAUGGAAUUAUUGCUGAAGAAAACAAGAAUGAGCAGCCCCAGAGUGAAGAGGAUCCAGGUAAAUUCAAAGAAGCUGAACUGAAAAUGCGGAAGCAGUUUGGGAUGCCUGAGGUGGAGAAGUUGGUCAAUUACUAUUCCUGCAGCUAUUGGAAAGGCCGUGUACCCAGGCAGGGAUGGCUGUACCUCACUGUCAAUCACCUCUGUUUCUACUCCUUCCUGCUGGGCAAAGAGGUUACACUGGUGAUCCAGUGGGUGGAUGUAACCCAGCUAGAAAAAAAUGCCACGUUGCUGUUCCCUGAGUGCAUUAAAGUAAGCACAAGGGACAGUGAACUUUAUUUUUCCAUGUUUCUCAACAUCAACGAGACAUUCAAGCUGAUGGAGCAGUUGGCUAAUAUUGCUAUGCGGCAGCUGCUGGAUAAUGAGAGCUUCCUACAGGACAAGUCUCUCCCAAAGCCCAGGAAGCCUCUUAAGAACAUCUCUGCAUUAAAAAGAGACCUGGAUGCUCGAGCCAAGAAUGAGUGCUACCGUGCCACUUUCCGGUUGCCCAAGGAUGAAUGCCUGGAUGGACACACAGAUUGUACCUUGUGGACACCAUUCAACAAGAUGCAUAUUCCUGGCCAGAUGUUUGUUUCCAACAAUUACAUUUGUUUUGCCAGCAAGGCAGAGGAGGCCUGUCAUCUCAUCAUUCCUCUCAGGGAGGUGACAAUAGUUGAGAAAGCAGAUAGUUCCAGUGUCUUGCCCAGCCCUCUGUCCAUCAGCACUAAAAGUAAAAUGACCUUCUUCUUUGCCAAUUUGAAAGACCGAGAUUUCUUGGUACAGAGAAUCUCUGACUUCUUGCAGAGAACACCAUCCAAGAAACCAUGUGGCAGCGACAGGGAAUGGAAGUGGAAUUUGGCUGAUCCUGGUUGUGAGGAGGUUCCAGAGUUGCCUUCCAGCAGCCCACUUGCUGUUAGCCCCAUGUCUGCUCUCAGCAGUCAACCUGUCAACUUCUGUGCCGGGGAAGUGCCAACAGCCUCACAGGGAUUACUCAAACUCUUCAGAAGAAAUUCCGAGGAGCUUUCAGGACCCAAAGGGGCAAAGGAAAAGAUGAAAGAAGAGUCUUGGAACAUCCAUUUCUUUGAAUAUGGGCGAGGGAUGUGUAUGUAUCGCACUGCCAAGACAAGAGAGCUGGUGCAAAAAGGAAUCCCAGAGAACCUUCGUGGAGAGUUGUGGCUCCUUUUCUCAGGGGCUUGGAAUGAGAUGGUGACUCAUCCUGGUUACUAUGCAGAUCUUGUGGAAAAGUCAAUGGGAAAGUACAAUCUUGCUACAGAAGAAAUAGAGAGAGAUCUGCACCGUUCUAUGCCAGAACAUCCUGCCUUCCAGAAUGAGCUGGGAAUUGCUGCCCUCCGCAGAGUGCUAACAGCUUAUGCAUUCAGAAAUCCAACAAUUGGGUACUGUCAGGCCAUGAACAUCGUUACAUCAGUACUGCUGCUGUACUGCAAUGAGGAAGAGGCUUUCUGGCUCCUAGUGGCUUUAUGUGAGAGGAUGUUGCCAGAUUACUACAACACAAGAGUAGUGGGUGCCUUGGUCGACCAAGGCAUCUUUGAAGAACUUACACGAGAGUAUCUGCCACAGCUGUCAGAAAAGAUGCAGGACCUAGGAGUGAUCUCCACCAUAUCCCUUUCCUGGUUUCUCACUCUCUUUCUCAGUGUCAUGCCCUUUGAGAGUGCUGUGGUCAUUGUCGACUGUUUUUUCUAUGAAGGAAUCAAGUUCAUCUUGCAAGUGUCAUUGGCCAUACUUGAUGCAAACAUGGAGAAGUUGUUACAGUGCUGUGAUGAAGGUGAAGCCAUGACUAUACUGGGCAGAUAUUUGGACAAUGUAGUGAACAGACAAAGUGUCUCUCCUCCUAUUCCCCACUUGCAUGCCUUACUAACAAGUGGAGAUGACCCACCACUGGAAAUUGACAUCUUUGAGCUCAUCAAAACAUCCUAUGAGAAAUUUAGCAAUCUGAAGGCAGAUGACAUUGAACAAAUGCGUUUUAAACAAAGGCUGAAAGUGAUCCAGUCUCUGGAGGAUACAGCCAAGAAGAGUGUGGUUCGAGCUGUGUCAGGUGACAUUGGUUUCUCAAUUGAGGAGCUAGAAGAGCUGUAUGUAGUGUUCAAGGCAAAGUAUCUGAUGAGCUGUUACUGGGGAAAUAACCGUGCUGCAGCUGCCCGCCGGGAUCAGAGUUUACCCUACCUGGAGCAGUAUCGCAUCGACAUGGAGCAGUUCAAAGAGCUGUUCAUCGCUUUGACCCCCUGGUCCUGUGGCGCACAUACACCGGUGCUAGCGGGGCGUAUGUUCCGGCUUCUGGAUGAGAACAGGGAUUCUCUCAUUAACUUUAAGGAGUUCGUCACAGGGAUGAGUGGGAUGUACCAUGGUGACCUCACUGAAAAACUCAAAGUACUCUACAAACUGCAUCUACCUCCUGCUCUGAACCCAGAGGAGACAGAGUCUGCUUUGGAGGCCACAAGUUAUUUCACAGAGGAUGUUACAGCAGAAGAAACCCAAGAAGAUAAAGGAAGGACAAAUGAGAAUGGUCCAGAAAAAGAGGAGAAAGGUACCAGUCCACAGGACUACAGAUACUACCUAAGAAUGUGGGCCAAGGAAAAAGAGUCCAGGAAAGAAACCAUUAAAGAUCUUCCCAAAAUGAGCCAGGAACAAUUCAUAGAGUUAUGCAAGACCCUUUACAACAUGUUCAGUGAGGACCCAGUGGAGCAAGAGCUGUAUCAUGCCAUUGCCACUGUAGCCAGUCUCCUUCUGCGAAUUGGAGAGGUCGGGAAAAAGUUCUCCAACAGGCCCAUGAGGAAGUCUGAGGACUGCAGAACAAACAAUACCCAAGAUCCUGUGAGUGAAGAGGAGUCACCAACAUCUGAACAGAGUCAGAAUUCAGCAGUUGAGCAGCAACCCCAAGCUGACCAUGAGGACAAAACCUGCAGAGAUGCUCAGCCUGAAAAACUACAGCAGGAGAACCAAACUCUAGGAGAUGCAUCAGGGGAAGGACAAAGCUCUCCUUUACAGCUGCUAUCAGAUGAUGAAACCAAAGAUGAUAUGUCCAUGUCUUCCUACUCCAUGGUCAGCACAGGCUCCCUGCAAUGUGAAGACAUUGCAGACGACACAGUCCUGGUUGGUUGUGAAGGCAGAAGUUCAGCUGCCAGGUAUGGUAGCACCAUUGACACUGACUGGUCUAUCUCCUUUGAGCAAAUCUUAGCUUCCAUGCUGACGGAAGCAGCGCUUGUAAACUACUUUGAGAAAAAAGUCAACAUUCUCCAAAAGAUCAAAGAUCAGAAGAAGGUAGAGAGGCAGUUCAGUUCAUCCAGUGAUUAUGAACUUUCCUCCGUGUCAGGGUGAACUGGAGAAAGCAGGAAUUAUCUUUGGGAGAUGCAGCAGGGAGAUAACGUGGCAGAUGGCAGAAUGGUUUGGUAUUUUGUGUUUGGGGACUUUUUUGUUUAAUCAGAGACCAGUAACUACACAAUUACAAUAGAUUCCAGUUGAUAAGGGGCUUCUGACAGUGACUUUUUUGUAGGUGCUUCUUUGGCUACUCUGGUUGGUGGAGUUAGGUUUAUAUUCUCAAGAGCCAUUAGAACCUAAUAGCCCCUGACAUACAGAAUUACCACCAUAAAUUAUGCAUGUCUGCCUUUUGCUCUCCUUUAUUUUAAUGAAGUUUUAUUUCAGACAGUAACUGUUCCUUGCCUUGUUUGCUGUAGGUUCCUGGGUAACUUGCACAGCAGAUGCAGCCUGGCUUAAAAUCAUGUCCACCGCUGGCUGCCAACCUGAGAGCUAACUCAGUGUAGUCAAGUGCUGUAGGACCCUGACCUAGAAAUAGUCUCGUAAGUUCUUCAGUGCUGUUCUGUGACUCAGCAGCUCUAGUGCAAAUCUGCCCCACUGCUCCCAGCACCCUCAGAUCUAAACAUGAACAUUUCUCAGGUCUGCAGGUUUCUUUCAGAUGGGAUUUGGCAUUUUCAUAGUGUAUGAUCACAUUCUUCUUCAGCGUUCAGGAGUUUUCAGACAAACCUGGUUUUUUAGCAUUUGCUUUUCUAAUCCUUUGAAAUCCAUUGGUUUUAGUUUGUCUGGGAAGCCACAAGCUCCUUGACCUCAGUGCAAAAGUAAUACUAAGUCAAUCAGUGGUCUUAUGAUGGUUAUAGUGAGGGACUAAGUUCCUAAAUUAGAAGGCAGUGAAUCAGCCUCAGUGUUACAGGGCAGUGGCAUGCUGGUCUGCUGGACUUUUCCUGUCAGUACAGGAAACAUCCCUUGUUUCUUGUCUGUUCUCUAUUUUUACCAGCUAAUGGUGUGUCCAGUUUUUAGGAGGUCUGAUCAGUCAACCCUUGCAAAUUCCUAGGACAGGAAGAUGUGCAGGAGCAUUGUAUCACCUGCAGCUGCUCAGUGUAUCCUUCCUGAGCAUCUCCUGUGCAAAGAGUCCAGCAGUGGACAUGCUCUUAGAAAUUCCUAUUCAUCAAAGGGCAAUUAUACUUAAAGAGAAAGAAUUCAAAGCAGUGUGGCCCUCUGCCAUCAGCCCUUUGUGGGAAAUCUCAAUAAUAGACUUGAUCUCUUUUCCAGUUAGAGACAAAAUAACUGGGAGACUGAGUGACUGCUCUUUCAGAUCAGUUAAAACCAGAAGAAACUGAGUUAGCUUUCUGGUAGUAGGGCAUGUGCUCCGAGGAUGGAGAAUUAAUGCUGUUCCUACAGAUAAAUUCAUCUCAGUACACAGGCAUCUGCCUAGCAGGGUGGGAGCUGGAGCUAAGCCCUCACUGAAGGCAAGGUUUGCUACGGCUGUUGGCUGGGAUUCAGAAUGUGAAGGAUGGAAAGGACACGUACAGUUGGAUGUUCCCAUUUAACACUACUUGGCAUGCUACUCGGUGUUAAUUCCUCCUUGUGACAGUCUAUGUAUUCACAGCUGGUACAUAUUCCUUAUUUCUCUGCCUCCUGUGUCCUGCAUCACUGGAGAGCAGCCAUUAGUCAAACUGCUUUUACUAAUUAUUCAGUAAUUUAUUGUCAUUUUUUAAAGUACAAAUAAUACAUGUGAUUUUACACAGUCUGUCUCAUGUCAUGUACUCAAUAAAGGAACCAGAAUCCUACACACUA